AUGAAUGCAGGAAGUGCGUCUGUGCUCUCCACUGACGCACCGGCCCUGUCGGGAGCCGAACCACUUGCUUCUGAAUAUGAUCUCGCCCUCUCUGCAGCGGUAACAGUGCUCGCUGCCGAUGCGUCUUCCUACGAUAACCCUGAGUCGCUCACUUUUGAUCCUGAGUCGCUUGCUUUUGAUCCACGACCUCAUCCUUUCGAAUCCAUCCGCGCCGAGCUCACUGCCCUGCCGCUAUCCCUGUCCUCAAGCAUAAAGCAGCCAGCACUGCCUGCUGAAAUCGUACCACCAUCGAAUAGUUGCCAAAUCUACACAUUGAAGCCCGGCGACUCGUGCUGGCUUAUCGCUCGCACCAACUCCAUUACCAUGGAACAGCUCGCCGCUUGGAAUCCCGACAUGAGCUGCAUGCGCCUGCUAAUUGGCCAGAGGGUCUGCGUGAGCCCACCGAGUAACUCCAUUGGCCCAUCCCCUACACAGCCUGGCAAUGCAUGCCGCGAAUAUGUAGUCAAAUCCGGCGACUCGUGCUGGUAUAUUGGCGCCAGCAUCGGUAUCUCCCUGGAACAGCUGCAGGCAUAUAACCCAGGGCUAAACUGCCAGGGCCUGCAAGUCGGUCAGCGUCUUUGUUUGCCGUCGGGUUCGUCCGGCAGCCCCACUGGCUCGGUCACACCAACGCCAACUACUCCUAGCAUACCAGUUGCGCCCAGCUCCUGUAAACUCUACACUGUUGUCAGUGGUGACUCAUGCUACGAUAUCUCGCUGCGCACCCAAGUCUAUCUGGUCGAUCUGCUCUCCCCGUCCAUAAAUAAGCUAGCACCCGACGAUAAAGGUGUCUGCGCAUGGCACCGCAUCCGCUCCGGUGAAACAUGCACGUCAAUCGGACAGCCAUACGGGAUCGGA